AUCUGCACCCCCCUUAAAUUACACCCAACUCUCUCAAAAGAAAAGAUCUACAAACCACCUGAUGUCGAUCAAUUUUGGGAUACCCCCCUACCCCCCAGAAAAACUCCAAAAAGCAGAAGGCAAAAAAGAAAGAUGAGAAAAAUUCACCAAAAAAAUAAGAAAAAUUCAUAA